AGAAAUGCGGAAAAUAUUGCUGUUUUUUGCUAUUUUCGGAUUUUCACUUGGAAGCUCUCAACUCUGCAUUUCAAAGACUUUGACAUUUUGCCAAUACGGGUUCAAUCAAAAUUUAAACAUCACCAGCGCCACCGCUGAUUGGACCAACCCGGGAACACUGAGCUUCAUCAUUCGGAGCUAUUACUUGCAGGGUAUCGAUGGCCUGCUCUCAGUCUGCAACGCCCGUCAGCAGUUUGACCAGUGUCUCGGAGACCAGUACGAUGCCUGCAUGUCCCGCCUGAACUUCAUUACCGACGGAGAAUCGCCGGCCGACGCGACCGCCUAUGUUUCUCUGUUCAAAACUAUGGAAUUCGAUUGUGACGGGGGAUUUAUUCAGUCCUCUCGGAACUGGGGAUGUAUCGCAGCAGUCCUUCAGACCCAUGAUCAACAGCUCAACGAUUGUCGGAAGCAGUAUGACGCGGAAAUUUUGAAGACCCCAUCCAGCCUGUGCCAGGCUUCUGCGGACUUUGAGACCUGCGUCCGGUCCCAGUACUCUGCAACUUGCGGCCCGGAGGUCUCCUGGUGGGCUUGUGAACGUACACGACGUGGAUUAUUGAUUGAUUCCGACUGCCCAUCGGAUAGCUGCAGUUUGGUGGCUCAGGAAGCUCCUGGGUCCGCAAAAAGCGUGUUUCAGCGGGAGCCCGAGGUGGCACACGUGAUUCGGAGCAUUUUGGAGCAGAAAGACUGACAACUUGAUUUUUUUUUCGUUUGGAGAAUAAAUGUGAGAUAAAACUGAG